AUGAUAAUGACCCCGCGGAGAACGAAAAUCAUCAUUAUCUUCAUCUUUGCUCUCAUGUUCAGCGUUUUCGCUCCUUUCUACUACGUCAAUCGCCUGGUGUGGGCUUUUGACGAAGCUCGGAACGCCACCAUUCUGAAGAUUCAGUACACGAAGGAAAAGGAAAUCGUGGAGACGGUAACAUUUUUCAUACACAGCGUGACCUUUUCGAUAUUUUCCUUCGUCUUCGUCAUCUUAUGCACCGUCGUUCUCAUCGUCAAACUCAACAGUAAAACAAAAUGGCGGAAAGCCACGGCUGCUAAGGGAGCUAAUACAGCGGAAGGAGUAGGGGUCAAGGACAAAAUGGUCGUCAAAAUGGUGACCUUUAUUUCUAGUAUCUUCAUCAUCUGCUUCGUGCCCGGCACGUUAAUAUUUCUCUUUAUGGCUUUAGAACCAGAAUUCAGUCACGGCGGUAGAUAUAAAAAUAUCUACUUUGUGGUUUGGUCCUUCUCUUUUGUAAUGGAAACUGUCAACUCCAGUGUCAACAUUUUCGUGUAUCUGAAAAUGAGUUCAAAAUACAGAGCAGUCUUCAUGAAAACAUUUCUCAGAAAAGAAGAAAAAUAG